AUGUGGAUUAAAUUCUGCAUCUCCCUCUUAAUGUUCGGGUUAAUUCAUCAAGUCAAAUGUAUAGAUACACCAUACUCAGACAUGUACCUUCCAGAUAGAACCAAUGGAUUUUUAUGUCAAAAAGAUCUUAUAGCCAUCGAUCAUGUACGAGAUAUAGCAAAAAAAGCGUUCAAGUCACUUUUCUUUGACCAUCGGUUCCAAAGAUUUCCGAAAUUAUUUGAAGAUACACAUCUCUUUAAUGUAAGAACAGACAUUUUCUUCUCAUGGCCUGCUAAGCCCGAUGGGAAACUUUACAUCAGGAAUCCAGGGAAACUUCGCCUCAUUAUCAAUAUCAGGGGUCAAAUCAUGGGUAUGGUAAUUAUCAACUCCAAGCAGCACAAUAGCCAAGUCAGUAUCGAGAAAUGUAAACCAGUACGCAGUUCUAAUACCGAAGGAAAUAACGAAAGUAGAAUCUUGGAUGAAUAUUGGAGUUUAGCUUGUCCCAUACUUGGUUAUAAAUGUGGCUUGAAAUAUAUUCCAAAAUCCAUGAUAAAGAGUGGAGAUGAUUCAGACUCAAAUUAUUACUUUCAAAACGCACUGGAGGCCAACAUCAGGCCCGAUACGUUCGAGAAAUACAGUGGCAACUAA